CUUCCUCUUUCUCUAUCAGCUUCUGGAAUCAUUCAGAUCCGCUCUUCUACCUAUUGUUCUCCUCACAGAACCUCUGUCUUCUCCAGCCUCGGGCCGAACUCAUCGCAUCGUCUCAUUGUGUCCGUCACUGCUGAUCCUGAACCGAGGAAAUUCUAAGGACUCAUCUCCAAACUCUUUAGCCUCUUCUUAUCUGGGAGAAGUAGAAACACUGGCUCUGAAUCUACAGACUACAGGGGACAACAUGGUAGACAACACCACAAACACCUGGGGAAUAUAGAGCAAGACGUAUGGACGAGGAGGAGGCUAAUAUCAUAUAGAAGAUGCAUCUUCCAUAAGUCCACUCUGGUCAUGUGGGCCAACAGCCAUAACUGCAGCGAGACCAGUUAUUUCAUCCUCAGCGGCAUCCCAAGUCUAGAAGAUUUCAACUUCUGGAUGGCUUUUCCUCUCAUCUUAAUGUACAUCAUUGCGGUUAUAGGAAACACCUCAAUUCUCUACAUCAUCAAGGUGGACCAGGAACUUCAUGAACCUAUGUACAUCUUUUUGUUCAUGCUGUCGAUGAUAGACUUGCUGUCAGCUACCACAACCAUGCCGAAAAUGCUGGAGAUCUUCCUGAUGGAUGACAAGGAAAUUUCUUUCGAUCUUUGUCUAACCCAGAUGUUCUUCAUCCAUUUUCUCUCCGCUCUGGAGUCUGGCAUCUUGGUGGCCAUGGCUGUCGACCGUUAUGUGGCUAUCUGCCACCCCCUACGAUACUCGUCAAUUCUAACCAGUGAGAAAAUUUGUAUGAUGUUUGCCAUUAUCUUGGUGAGAGGAGCUCUUGUUAUAAUUCCCAUCCCUCUAAUCAUUAAGAGGCUUCCUCUGUGGAAGAACAAUCACCUGACCCAUUCCUACUGCCUGCACCAAGAGGUGAUGAAUCUUGCUUGUGGAGACAUCAAAGUCAAUAUUAUCUAUGGACUAUUUGUCAUCCUUUCAGUCAUGGGCAUUGACUCGCUCUUCAUCUUUUUUUCUUACAUGUUGAUCAUUAAGACGGUGCUUGGUCUGGUGGAAGAGACCAGCAUGAAGGCCUUCAGCACGUGUGCCUCCCACAUAUGUGCCGUCCUCAUCUACUACAUCCCCCUGAUUGGUCUAUCUGUCGUACACAGGUUCAAUAGCAACACAAUACCAAACCUUCAUAUUCUAUUUGGGAAUGUCUAUCUCCUGCUCCCCCCUGUGAUGAAUCCCUUAAUUUAUGGGAUAAAAACCAAACAGAUCCGACACAGACUCAAAAAGUUAUAUGGCAAAAUUAUUCAUUGGAGAAAAAAUUCUAGAAACAUCUGA